AUGAAUAUAAGAUAAAAGUUACUAUAAAAUAUUAGUUAUAUAGCCGGAGAUGCAAGAAUCAAAUAAUAAAAUUAGAGUAAUUUAAGAAUAAGAUCAUAAAAGCCAAGAAAAGAGAAUGCUAGUUUCAUUGUUACAAAAUAAACAUAAUAACUAAAAACUAAUACCCAUCUCUAUAAAACCUAAAUACACUCACCUAUAAAAAAUAGAAGUAUAAAUUAGAAUAAAGAGAAUAAUAUAAAUAAUGUAUAUGAACCAAUAAAGAAUUCAGAUGAAUUAAUUAUAAAUAGUGCAGAAUCACAUUCAUUAAAUUUAUCAUAUUCACCUUCCUCUAAAAAGAAACCUUAACCAUCAUGUUUCGUAUUACCUUCUAGAAGUAUUAAACCAAAAAUGAAAUUGACAAAAAAAGCAUUAGAAAUUAGAAGCAUUUAUUUAGAUAAACCAAAACCAAAACAAAAUAGUUUUAUUAACAUAAAAUGUACUUAUAAAAUAAUCAGAUGA